AUGGUCGGGUCCACCUAUCCCAUCAUCGAUGGAAGGUUCUAUUGGGCCAGCGUCAGUUGCGAGCCUGCGGCUCCUCAAUCGGAGCAUUGGUUUUCUACCGACAGAACCCUCGUCUAUUCUUCUUUCUGUGCGGAUUUCGGCCCAAUGAACCUGAGUGCCAUCGUUCGAUAUGUGAAGUUGAUGAAAGAAAAAAUGAGCAGCGAGGAUCUCAAAGGGAAGAAGAUUGUUCACUUCACUGGUGCAUCAGUUCAAAACCGUACCAACUGCGUGUUCCUCAUUGGUUGCUACCUCCUCUUGGACAGAAAGAUGUCUCCAGCCGAAAUCUGGAAUUGUUUUUCGAAGUUUGAGCCUUCUCCUUUCUUGCACUACAGAGAUGCAACUUUUGUAAGGAGCACUUGGGACUUGAAGCUUGAGGACUGCUGGCGAGGCCUUCACCGGGGCAUCGAGACAGGGCUGAUCGACAUCGAAGGUUUCAAUCCCGACGAGUACGACUACUACGAUCACCCGCAGCAUGGCGACAUGCAUGUCAUAGUUCCUAGAAGAUUCAUCGCAUUCAAGGGCCCGACAGGUCGGCGGUAUCGACUGGCUGCAGGGCUCUACUCGCAUACGCCGAAAGACUAUAUCGAGGUUUUCAGACAUCACAAUGUUUCUGCGAUCGUGAGGCUGAACAACAAGGAAUACGACCGGAAUGAAUUCGUGAAGAAUGGGUUCAACCAUUACGAUCUCUUCUUCGAAGACUGCACAACACCGUCAGAGUUGAUUGUGAGCAAGUUCAUGGACAUCGUGGAGAGAGAGAGGGGAGUGAUCGCAGUCCACUGUUUGGCUGGACUUGGAAGGACGGGGACGCUGAUCGGGUUGUGGAUCAUGCGCAACUACGACUUCACAGCUGAGGAGGUGAUCGCUUACUUGCGGAUCAUCCGACCUGGAAGCAUCAUCGGGCCUCAGCAGCAGUACCUUUGCGAUUGCUACCAAAAGCUCAAGAACGUGAAAGAAGCUAGCUUCUCGUCCCGUAAGCAACCUGCCCCUCCCAUCUCCGCUACUUGUCACGAGUCUGAUCGCCUGCUAGCGGGAAGACUUGACUACAACUCUGCGGCGCUCGCAAAAGAAGUGAAGGAGGGAAUGCUUCGUCGCCACAUUCAUCGCAUCCCCAGGUGGUUCAGGAAGUCGCUGACUGCUGAGUAG